GUAUACUGUAGUUGACCAAGAUGGAUUCGAGAAUUGUGUGUUUGUGUCUCUUGGUGUUGUUUGUAGUCAAGUCGAGGACUCAGCCUGUAAACAACACCACCACAGGGGUUGAGUGUCUCACGAACGAUGAGUGUAUUUCAGGGAAUAUAUGCAUAGCUAAAAAAUGCAAAGAUCCUUGUGACAAAGUGUGUGGGCUGAACACAAUAUGUGUGGUACACGAAGGAGCUACUUUGUGCCUCUGUAAGCCCAAUUACGAAGGAGACCCGUUUACGGAAUGUAAGUCAGAAAAUGCAGAAUGCACGGACGACUCCAUGUGUACAACAGACAAGAGCUGUAUUGGUCACAAUUGUGUAGACCCCUGUCUGAACUAUUGUGGCAUUAAUACUGUGUGUAGAGUGGUCAACCAUCAACCAGUGUGUGCCUGCCUCAAAGGAUUCUUCUAUAAUCAAGACAUAGGCUGCAGUCCCAAGAGGAUUCCGGAAUGUCAGACUAAUUCUUAUUGUCCGGAAGACCGCUCAUGUCGUCUGCAGAAGUGUGUAGAUCCUUGUCAAGACGGAGUGUGUGGCAACAACACAGAAUGUCACGUCAAGAACCAUUACCCUGUGUGUUCAUGUAAAGUUGGGUUCAUAGGAGAUGCCUACAAUGAAUGUGUGCCUUAUGCUGUUGCAGGUUCAAUAACAACAACAGACAAUAAGGAAGUCAUACAAAAGCCAAUACAAGAAAAGAAAACCUUCAUACGUGUUGAAGAAGAGAAAAGUUGGUUGGACGCCCUUAAGGAUUGCAAUUAUCGUGGAAUGAAACUAGCGACAAUCGAAAGUAAUGAUGAAUGGAACGACUUUGUUGACACCCUCAGGGAAUAUACAGAGAUAAAUUCAGUAUGGGUUGGUGGCCAUGAAUUUGACCAAUAUCCGAAUUUCGUAUGGAUAUCAACUGGACAACAAGUUUCAUAUCAUUGGGCGCAUGGUAAGCCUGACGAUGAUUCUUACCACUGCUUGGCAGCUUUCUCUUUUGGUUUUGUUAACUUCAAAUGUGACUGGGCUAAACAAUUUGUAUGUGAAAAAAUUUAAAUCUAUUGAUGAGAAUCUAAUGCCUAAACUAGAUCCUACGCAUACAGUUUAUUCGAUAUAUUUAUAUGUGCAUAUAUUAAUAUAUAUUUAUAUAUGUAUAUCUAUGUAUGUAUGUCAAGUUAAUAUUAUAAGUUGUGUAUGUAUAAUAUUUCUCAGUUUUGAUUUUAUUUUCUUAUUAUUCAGCCAUUAUAAUUGAUAUUUAACUUCCAUUCAAAUAAAGAAAAAUGUCAAAUCACAUCAAACAUCUUUUUAGUUUCUUCCUCUAUGUAUAGUACGUGUAAAUUUAAAAUAUGGUAAGUGGUGCAUUGUACCUCAAGCCGUUUUCUAAGAUAUUAACAAAUGUAUUCAUGUUGGACAUGAAUGUUGAACGUUGUCAAGGACAGACGUUCAGACAUUGCAAGACGAAGACAACUUUAUUAAGACUUAAGUUAAGACAAAAACGAAAACUUUCUUAAUCGCACCUUUUUUUGGAGGAAAGCAAACUUUUAUUUUAUUAAGAACGAGGUACGAUUAUUUAACUGCUCUUUAAUUACACUUUAGAUAAUUAUUUUACACAUUUAUAUGAUUUAUCAAUGUGCAAGUGAACCACUGAAUGCAACAUACAAUUUGCUAUAUAAAACAAUUUAAAAACAAAAUAUCACCGCUGCAGCAAACCUGCCGACUAAGCGAAUUU